AUGCAUUUGGCUUUCUCCACGAAAGAGUUAGGCUUUCUUUCUUACUUCCUGGGUAUUUUUGUUCAGACUCACUCUCAUGGUCUUUCCUUAUCUCAACAAAAAUAUGCUGGGAAACUCCUCCUUAAAGCUGGUUUAGUGGAUUGCAAACCUUGUUUUACUCCACUUGCUGCUCAUCCUUCUAUAACUCCUACUGAUACCUUACCUUUUUCUCAACCAUCAUUUUACAGAAGUCUAGUUGGGGGCCUCCAGUAUUUAACCAUUACUCGACUUGAUUUGGGUUUGGCUGUCAAUCAGGCUUGCCAACAUAUGCAAGCCCCUGCUAAUGGUCAUUUUGCUCAGGUCAAGUGCUUGCUUCGCUAUGUUAAGGGCAUUUUACAUUAUGGUCUCUCUUUUAGCCCUGGCCCUUUUCUUCUUCAAGCCUUUACUGAUUCAAAUUGGGCUAGUGACUGCUUGGAUCGUCGCUCCACAUCUGGUUUUUGUGUAUAUCUUGGUCCUUAUCUACUUUCUUGGUCUGUUAAGAAGCAACCAACUGUCUCUCGCUCAUCCACUGAGGCAGAGUACCGGUCUAUGGCCUAUACAACCGCUGAACUCUGUUGGAUACAAUAG